GUCGCUGCAGGUGCCCACAUGCUGGCGCAGUUGUAGUGGCGCCCUAGUCGUGGUCGCUGCAGUUUUAUUUCUUCAUGUAUAGAGACUAGUACAGAUCUUGAGGAUCCCCGCACACGCACCACUCGCAGUCGCGGCAACCUCGGAGGGAGAGGGGAGCUCCGGCCUUCAAGGCUCUUGGGUCCAUACAGACAUCAAUUUUUCCUCAAGGAAAUAAUUGGUUAAAUUACCAUCACUUUCAUAAGUUAUAAAGAAUCAAUAUAAUAAAAUUAGAAUAUGAAUCACGACAGUUUCAGAUCAGUGGUUUGCCGAUCCCUUUCGAAGAGUCUUCCCUCCAGGAGCAAAGAACAGAGCUACCCUGGAAAAACUGAAUGUGCUGCCCCUUAUGUUGUCACACUGCAACCUACAGUUUGUCGAAGAUGUGAAAGCCAGGACUGGAGCCCCGCACAGAGUAACUGGGAGGAAAGGUCCAUCUUAUCACAAAGGGAUUAUGCGAUGGCGUCCUCGCUCUCUAGGCAUUUUGCUGAGGACCUCCUAAGAGGCGCCAUGGACCUCCAGGAGUCUCUUGUGAUGCUUGAGAAGUUCCAGACCGUGUCACGGAGCAUUAGGCAAUCAAAUAAGAAUAGAAGGCCAGAGACUGGUGAGAGAUCACUGGAUGUAACCGGAAUCCAUGAAGCCCUCUUUGAAGCAUCGAUUGCCAAGAAGGUACUCCCUGGAAGUGUCAGCAAUAGAUUUGAUGGGCAAUUCAGGAAUUCUACUGAUGAGCUAAAGAGAGUGAUCAAGGAUAGCCUUUACAGGACCAAUGAUGAGCAGGCAUCGUUGAGUCAGUCAGCACGGUACACACGAAACAGUCCUGUUGUAUCCGAGUCUACUAAGCAGAAGAAGGUGGCGCCAAGAUCAUUAUCCUGCACACCCGUGCAACCUGAGAGGUCUAAAUCCCCAAGCUUGGUAGCGAGACUCAUGGGCCUUGAAGGAUUGCCCCUGCACAAGGGCAUUACUGCCAAGAAAGACGAGACACUGAAGACAGUAAGCUCACCAAGGGCACAGUUUGAUAUUGAGAUGCCCAAGUCAAAAACGCCAGCAUCAGAAAAACUACCUAAACAGUUAUUUGGAAAGGACUCUGAUCAUAACAGGAAAGCAGGACAGGAGAUCAUGAAGACAAUACAAAUCAAAAGGGUUUUAAAGACCACAACUUCUGAUGAGCAUAAGGUCAAGCAGCAGAAUGUUCGAAUGAAUUAUCCUUAUUCUCGAAGGGACAGCCUUCCUUCGCAGGAUACCUCAGCAGUAACUGAGCUUGGUUCAGUGAAAUCGAUGAAGAGAGAGCAAAGGACUGUACAAGCUCGAACCAAAGCCCCUGAGCAUGUGAAGAUUGUACCUCAUGUAACUCGAAAUCAGCACAUAAAACAGGUUGAGACAAACAGGAGAAGCAGCAACACGCAGAAGCAUCAUUUGACUGAUAGGAGGGGAGAAGGGAGGAAGGAUACAAAGGCUGAAGCAGCAUCAGCGUCUCGCACUAACUCUAAACUAGUGAAAAACCACGAUAAGAAAUUAAUUUCACCAAGCAGCAGUCCUUCAUCAUGCCGCGCAAUGAAGCCGGUCUUACGGAGAACACCUGGUAAUUCCAGAGCGAGCACAGCGUCAAGUAGAAAUGUCAGGAACUCAAUUAUUGAUGACAUUGUGGCAUAUGAGGUGCAUAGAGAGUUCAUUGAAACUGAUGGUGCAUCGACAGAACACAGUGCGACGCCUAGUGAUGAAUGCCAGAGUGCUGGUUGGGAUACGGAUCCUUCCAUCGACGACAUUCGGGAGGAUUUUAGCGGAUCAAAUGAAGCUUCUUCAUCUUCCAGCCCUGUUGAAAGAACUAUUUCAACCGAUGACAAUCCUUUUCACCCACCAAUAGAAAGAGCACUGAUAAAGGAGGCUGAAAUCAAAGACGAGAUGAGUUUGCUUCUCUUAAGUGACAAAUCAUUCCUUACCCGAGCAGCACAACUCGUAGGCAUUCACACAUACGAUCAUCUGAUUGAGCAAUACCAAGGUACCCCCAAGGCUGAAGUGAAAGACCGCCAGCUCUACGUAGACAUAGCAGCGGAGCAACUAGAACAAAAACAUCGUCAGCAGAGUAGUCCGUGUGGCACCGGAUUCAGGAACCAGAAAUGCAGAACAGCGACAUACUUCUCCCUGGUGGCCUUGAUGGGUGAUAUCAGCACUGGGACUCAGAAGCUAAACAGCUACACCGACGAUGAAAGCUAUGGCAGUGGCUCGAAAGAUAGCCUUUCUGUUAAGCUGGAGAGGGAUCUCGGGUGCUUGGAGCCGUCGAUCAACAGUGUGUGGGACAUGGGGUGGCAUGACUGGAUGUGCAUGGAAGAAACGGAGUUCUGGGCAAGAGACGCAGGGGAGAUCGUUCUUUCCACGCUCAUUGAGGAGGUUGCUUUGGAGAUGCUGGGAUGGUGAACUGGCCAGAGAAAGAUGGAAGUAGGAGUGGUUCUUGCGUUGCCUUGGAGGGUUAGUGUUAGCCUGUAGUGUGUACAUCAUUGGCACGGCUCGUGCUCUCAGUUACGUGUUCUGCUAGAGUUGCCUAGUGGAGGUUUACCUUCAAUGUGAAAUAAUUGUAGCUUAAGCAGGAUGGAGUAAGUCUAAAGUGUAUUGUCUAUAUCUUAGUUGCCUAAAGUUUUCUUGAAUAGCAGUCACCAGGAGCAUUUUCAUCGA